AUGACUGAUGAGGUUGGAGAAUCAGAAAAAGAUGACGAUCUUGAAGAUGCUCUGCUUCUUCUAUCGUGCUAUGCAAGGAGGAUAGAAGACGUGCGAGUCGAUUCAAGAAGAUUUGUGUUUGCAGAUCCUAGAAUAUACCACAACUCCACAUCUAGAUACCUUACUGAAAAGCAAACGCUGCUGAUACAGACCACAAUUGAUAGAUACAUGGAAAAAACAGCAAUUGCAAAACUGGAUCGUGCCAUCCGAUCAGAAGUUCAUCUUUACAUCGGGCUUUGCCAUGAAAAGGGCCUUUUUGGAGCGAAUGUGUGCCAUAAGACGGCAUUCAACCAUUACAUCUUGUCUGCACAGCUAAACAAUCCAACGGGAACAUUCCGGGUCGCACAGUGCUAUGAAAAAGGUAUAGGAAAGGGAAAAAACAUCAAAACAGCAUUGUACUUCUACAGAUGCGCUGCAAAGCUUGGGCAUGUGGACGCCAUGCACAUAUACGGAGCAAGCAUACUGUUUGGAAAGAAUGCAUACGGUAGAAAGAUGGAGGCAGGAUACUUCUAUCUGAGCCUUGCUGCAAAAAAAGCAAAUAGUUUCUAUCCAUAUGCACUGUAUGAUUUUGCAAGGUGUUAUGAGGAAGGAAGCGAAAUAGGCAUUCUGCCAAAAGAUCCUGAUUAUGCAUUCAAGAAUUAUAUGAAGGGCGCAUAUCUUGAUUGUCCAAAUUGUCAGUUCAGAGUAGGGCUGUGCUUUGAAAACGGAGAUCUUGGGCAAGAAAGAGACGUCCUGAGGGCAAUCGAAUGGUACUUCAAGGCUGCCGAUCUUGGGCAAUCAGAUGCACAGCUGAGAAUUUCGGUUCUGUUUCUCAACGGAUACAAAGAUGUGCUUGACAAGAACCAUGAGAUUGCAUUUAGGUUUGGGAUUCGAGCAGCCAUCGGGGAGCAUGUUGUUGCUGCAUAUCUUAUUUCUGAUUACUACGUGCAAGGGAUAGGAAUCAAGAAAAGUAGAAUGCUGUCAUCAUGGUGGAAUUUAAUAGCUGAGGAAUUCAGAGCAAAUCAAAAUAUAGGAUUACCUGAGCGAAUCAAGGUUGUUAUAGAUGAAGAGGCAGGCCAUGCCGAUUUCGAAGAUGGAAUGAUCGCUGGAUUGAUAAGAGCGCAAUAA